ACUCUCUCCCUCCCUCCCUUUAAUCUUUAUUGUCCUUGUUAGUUAGACCUCUCCCCUGCUCCCUCUCCCUCUCCCUCUCCCUCUCUCUCUCUCCAUUCCCUUUAAUCACGCCUUUUUCGCUUUCACAAUCACAGUCAAAAUCACCCAUACCUUUCCCAUUUGUUGUCACAACAAAACAAAGACCAGAUACCAUAUCAUCAUAUAACUCACUUCUCUUCUUCCUCAUCCCACCACCAUUCUUCCACUUCACAAUUCCACCCUCUCUCUCUCUCUCUCUCUCUCCACCUGAGAAAGAAAAUGUCUGACCCCAAGACUACCACCCAUUUCUCCACUCUUCUUAUCUCUGCCCUGCAUCUGAUAUUCUCUUUCAUUCUCUCUCACCCUGUCUACUUCUCUUACUUCGUCUUCUUCUUCUCACCAUACCUUCUCAAGCUCCUCUCCUUUCUCUCUCCUCUCUUCAUCACCACCUCUCUCCUCCUCCUCCUCGGUUUCCUCACUCUCUCUCCCGUCUUCCUCCAUAAGAAGAACUCUGCUCUCGAACUACCCGAGCCCAAACUGGGAUUCUUCCUCUCGACGUACCAUUCAAUUAUACGGAGAUUAAGGCCGUCAAAAACAGACGAAGGCGGCGAAGAGCUUGAUCAUUUUGAGGAGCUUGAAGCCUUCAAAAUGGUGUUCAACCCGUCAAACGAUUUCCACGCAGUCGAAAAUUCAGUUGAGAAAACAGAGGAACUCUGUUUCUUUGAUUUGGAAGAGAAAACUGUGGAAAUUGAUUGGGAAGAAAUCGCUCAGCCAACUAAGGAAGCCAAGACGCUAGAAGGGUUUUUCAAGGAAUUGGAUGAGUUUGAAGACUUUGUUUACAAUGUGGAACAGAAGAAAGUAGAUGCACCGGACAUGAAUUCCAAUAAAGUUGAAGUGAAAAAAGGAGUGGAAUUGGUGGGAAGAGGAUCCGAGGAAAUAGGUGAUAAAACAAGUAGGGAUAUCGGUACUGUUACAGCUCGUGCCGAUAAUGGCGGAGAGCAUACUUCAAAAGCUCGUGGGAAGUCCGAAAGAAAUGUCGAUAGAACUGAUAAUGGAGGAGAGUACACUUCAAUGUUCUUGGGAAGCCCACGUUCGAGAGCGCUGAAAUCAAAUCUCGGGAACUAUGGAUCGAUGAGGAGGGAGGUGGAGUGGAAGAAGACGUUGGCGUGCAAGCUUUUCGAGGAGCGGAACAAUGUGGAUGGCGGCGAAGAAGGGAUGGAUUCGCUCUGGGAGACGUAUGACAGGGAUUCGAGUAACAAGGCCAAGGCGAAAAGCAACACGAAGAAGAACAAGAACAAGAACAAGAACAAGAAGAAAGGAAAGUCUGGAGAUCGUUACGAUGACGAUGAGGAGGAGGGGGAGGAGGAAGAGGGCAUAGAUGGGAGAUUAUGUUGUUUACAGGCUCUGAAGUUUUCAGCAGGUAAGGUUAAUUUGGGAAUGGGGAAGCCUAAUCUUGUGAAGAUUUCCAAGGCUAUCAAAGGGUUUGGAUGGUUGCACCAUGUCAGCAGCAGGCCUGGGAAAAAGGGUCACAAGUGAGAUACAGAUAGAUAUUAAGUAGUAGCUUUGUGUUAUGUAAGUUGCAUAGCUAUGCAUGUGUAGUUGUUCUAAGAAAUUAUAAGUAUAUAUCCUCUUUGUUGUUGGUUUUUAUCUCCCA